AUGCCGUCUUUCCGUCGGUUUUCCUGCGCCUCCUCGCGCCUUCUCUAUCCUCUCUUCCCACUCACUCGUUCUCUCUCGCUCCUGUUCCUGUUCGGCUUCGCUUCGGCGCCCUUCUCUCCUCCGCUCUCCAGGUCCGCCCGCGUGUCUUGCAGCGAACCAGCCCAUCUCUCGACCUCCGGUUCACUCGCGUGUGCUGCAGCUCCCGGUUCUCCUCCUCGGAGUUCGCCUUCUUCCUUCGCCCCUUCUCGCCUUCCGCGCAGCCUGGCCUUCCUCCCUGCAGCUGUGGGCUCUGUCGAAGCCGCAUGGGCUCCACCAGAUCCCUUGGCGCUCUCGCUCGAGCCCUUACAAGCAGAAGAGGAGACGCGUGCGCCUGAGAAGAAGCUCUUCGCCUGGGCGCAGUACCGCGAGAGCGUUGUGGCCUGCGAGGCGUGUCGGGCGCUUGCAGAGCUCCUUCGCGAGAGACUGCGAGACGUUGGUGGACUCAGCGACUGCGCGUCGCGUCCUCCGCCUCCUUCUCCUCUUGCUGACCUUGCAGGCGAUGCCGCGCAGGGCAGCGACGGCGGAGACCAGGACGCCUGGGACCCGCGCGGUGCGCCUGCCCGCAGGCGGGACAAUGAUGCAUUGCCUCGCGAGCGCGACGCGCAGAGCGCAGCGCCGAAGGAUGACUCUCGUCGCGACUCGAGUGCGCGCGAGGCGCACGAGGUCUCGGCCUCCGCCGCAGGGCGUGGCGCGCGCAGGCGAGGAACUGAGAACGAAAAACGGAGCCGCUUCGGACGGGUCAUCGCCGUCGACGCGGCUCUCGACGCCUCCACACUCUGCACGUUCGGCUACUGGAAACCCUUCGCUGACCGCACGGACGACCUCGCUGUCUCGGAGAUGCUGCGCGAGUGUCGGGCGCUUCUGAACGCCGAGCGCGAGGGGCUCUCCGCGUUCCUGAAUUCGCGCGAGUGUCUCUCGGGGCGGCUGCUGGAGAGCUUCCUCUGCGCGCCGCGAUCAUGCGAACUCCGUGACAACGAGGGCCCUGGAGACGCCAGCGAGACCAAGGCGGCCAGAAAUCUGCGGCUGAGCCGAGAGUUCCUCGCCUGGAAUCGCCAGCAGCUCGGCGUCGAGGAAGCCGCCUCUGGGCUCCAGUUCCGGCUGCUGGGACAGAGGCGCGACGCCCGCGCCGAGUCCCCCGAGAGCGCCGAGGACGUUGUGCACAUGCAUUACAUCGGCAAGCGGCUGAAUGGCGAGACCUUCGAAAACACCUUCAGGCGGGGACACGCCGCAGUCGUCCAACUCGGCAAGCUGGUUCCAGGGUGGCAAGAGGCUCUCCGGCUGCUCAAGCCCGGUGACGCGAUGCAUGCCUACAUCCCGCCGCACCUCGGAUUCGGCGAACUCGGCCUCGAUGGCAAGGUGGACUCAAACGAAGUCUUGCUACUUCACCUGCACCUGGAAUUUGUCGAGAAACAAACGAGGAGAAAAGACCGGGCCAAAGAUGCACCCGACGAACGGAGAGCCGGUGACUCGAAGCAGACGCCGCAGAGAGAAAGCUCGGUUCACGAGGACGCGGAGGCUGCAGCACGACGCGUUGGGAGACACACAGAGCUGUGA